UGAUUGGCUAGAUUUCAUAAUGUUUAUUCAGACGAAGCGAGGAUAACCUUUCACCUUAGUGAUGAUACUCGAGAUGAUAUUACCUACAAAAGGAAUACAGACUCCAAGAAAACUAUAAGCACACAAAAAGUAGGAUUUGUGUCAGGAUAUUUUCAAGUUGGCUGUUUGUUACUGUAUUUCUAUCGGAUUCUUACAUUAACAUUUCUGUCAAAAACAUUAAUAUUAAUAAUACGUUGAAGUGGACCUGAUUAUAUCUCGAUAACAAACACCCACAAGACGAUGACGAUGAUGCUAAUCAACGUACGUAUCGCGCCGAUUGUCAAUGAAAUGUAUUCAGUUCUAUCAAUCCGUGCUUAAUUUGCCGAGGAUAUAUAUCGUAGGUAUACGUAGUAUUCGGGAAUAUGGCAUUCGAAAUUUCACCCAAACAAGAUCUCACAUUCCUCAGAUUUUCCGCAGAAUAAACAAGAUGGAUGAAGAAUAUGGAUAGUUUUUGUUACUACGACGUUGUCAUCUGAAAUGUUUUCAGUUGUUUUUAAAGUAACCGAGUAGAAAUUGGAGCACGGUUGGCAUUUAUAUUAUCAAGCCGAUUUCAUAUGAUUUUGAUUUUGUUUUCCUUUUAAUUUCUUUUGGAUCUACGCGUAUUAUAGGCACAUAUAUACGCGACAACGUAUUAGUUUUACUUCUAUUGGAAUAUAUUUGAAGUGACGGAUAUUCUAUCAAGAGAACUUGUUGCGAAACUUUGAGUCAUUGUCGUUGAAUUUGCUGUGCUGUUUAUUCAUUUUGCUGUGUUAUAUUUUCUCUGGGUUCGCAAUUCAGUACAUAUAUAUGCAUAAUUGCAGAUUUUAUAUAAUGAAAAUAUGCAAUGUAAAUAAAUCAACCAAAUGAAGAAUCGUAAUACAAAAAGAGAUAAAGUUAGAAGUGGGAACAUGUCAGUGCUGCAUGUUUCACCUGCAAAAGAAAGCGCAAGGAUCGACUCAAGGGAGAAUCUACGUAGUCAUGUCCAUGUCGAUGAUACUGCGCCCCCUACCGACGCUAAAAACUCAAUUAGAAGCGCUGGUAUGGAAUCCAGAAUGAAAUUAUCGUUCGAACAGCAGCAGCAGCAUCGUAGCCAGUCGAGAGCGUCGCAUAAUCUGCCACAGCCACAGCCACAACAGGAGAAUAUUGCCCUUCUCCCUCAAUGCACAUGUCGGCCCUACUCAACGGAGGCACCGCAGACAGCGGACUCUGAUCCCGUUACAGUCGCCGUGGCUCCCCGAUCGGGCAACGAGAGAAUCGUUGGUGAAAACAGCAAACAUUCACAUGGAAAUUCUAGGCGGCCGACCUCGUCGAACGUCAAUGAAAGUGGAUCGUCGAAUAAUAACGCCUUUAUAGAAAUUGCCAGGAAUACAGCAGUGAUCAACGGGACUUUGCCCCGAUUUCGGCACCUUCGCAACCCGUCUAUCGCUUCUGAAAUGAAGGAGAAUGGUGCGAAGGAUGCCAAUUCUAAAAAAGACUACAGGCCGUUCGCUGCAAACCGGCAAAGGCACCAUCACCAGAACACGCCUAGCUAUCGAUUAGGAAUCAGAAAGAGUAUAUUUGAAAAGCGAAAACGUCUAAGUGAUUAUGCAUUAAUAGUUGGUAUGUUUGGAAUAGUUGUUAUGAUAAUAGAAACAGAACUGUCAUGGUUCAUCUACAGUAAGAGCUCACCGUUUUCAACAGUUCUUAAGUCCUUAAUAAGUUUAUCAACAGUGGUGCUUUUAGUUCUAAUAGUUAUGUAUCAUUGCAGAGAAAUUAAGCUUUUUCUUGUAGAUAAUUGUGCGGAUGACUGGCGUUUAGCAAUGACUUUUUCCCGAAUAUCGCUUUUAUCAAGCGAGUUAUUUGUAUGUGCCAUUCAUCCAAUUCCAGGGAGGUACACCUUUCUUUGGAAAACCGAGUUUGCAUAUACACAUAUGACUAGGGAGGCUAUGGCUGACGUGGAUGUUCUUCUUUCCAUUCCUAUGUUUCUAAGACUAUAUUUAAUAUGCAGAGUAAUGUUAUUACAUAGUAAACUAUUCACGGACGCCUCAUCGCGAAGUAUUGGCGCCCUCAAUCGGAUUAAUUUUAAUACCAGAUUCGUGUUGAAGACUCUUAUGACAAUUUGCCCUGGUACAGUACUUCUUGUUUUCACCGUAACUUUAUGGAUGAUUGCUAGUUGGAUCUUACGAGUGUGUGAACGAUAUCAUGACAGUAACAACGGCGAGAUGUUGAACGCCAUGUGGAUAGUUUCUAUAACAUUCCUGUCAAUUGGCUACGGAGAUAUGGUUCCGAAUACAUACUGCGGACGUGCAGUUUCCGUAAUAACUGGAAUAAUGGGUGCAAUGUGUACAGCGCUCGUUGUAGCAGUACUCGCAACAAAAUUGGAAUUAUCGAGAGCUGAAAAACAUGUCCACAAUUUUAUGAUGGAUAAUCAAUUGACAAAAAGAAUGAAAAAUGCAGCAGCUAAUGUAUUAAGAGAGACGUGGUUAAUAUAUAAAUACACCAAACUUGUGAAGAGGGUUCAUCCAGCACGUGUUCGGAAGCAUCAACGAAAAUUUCUGAAAGCCAUACAGAAAUUAAGAAAAACAAAACUCGAUCAAAGGAAGUUAACAGACGAAGCAAGCACAGUCGUUGACAUGGCUAAGCCAUUACUUGUCCGCGUUUCUAGAGGUGAAAUGGCCAUGUACACAUCAAAACCACCGGCGCUUUACCGACAUACACAAAACAUGAUUUUUGAAAUGGUUGCUGACAUGCAUAGUUGUCGGAAGGAUCUAGAAUCACGAGUGGCAAACGUAGAAGAUAAACUGGAACAUAUUCAAACGACAUUUGACACGGUAGCGUCUUAUGUACGACUUGUCCAGCAGCGUAGUGAUUUAUUUAAAGUUGAACAGAAUCCUGGAGAAAACACACCACCAGAGAGUCGUCAAUCGUUUCAAGAUUUGCCUGCUAGGACUAGCUUACAAGUAAAUUCAUCCCCAUCUCAAGAUCGAGGUUCAGAAAAUAUGAACCCCUGGUUGCCACAGGAAAUGACUCGGUCAGGUAGUGGAAGUGAUAAUGGUCUUGCAAGCAGCGGACUUACUUCGAGACGAACGUCUCUAAGUCGCUCCAGGCCGUCUAUCACAAUUCCUAGACUCUCUAGAUCAAUGUCUCAUCCAAGAAAUUCGCGACCAGUAAGUGAAUCACUAGAGGGAGCAGAUGGGUCCGUUCCAAACCCUAACGUCACGUGUGCGCCUCUAUGAUUGGCUUAUAUUGUGUUGACUGGGUAUUUCACAUUGUUCAUUUGAGAUCAUCUUUCAUCGUAAGAUAACAAAAGCAUUUCUCUACGGCGAUAUUUAGUAAUAUUUUUUUGGAAUACAAUAAUAAAAAAGCACUAUAAUACAUACGAUUUAAUCCUAAUAAAUGGUAUAUGCGUCUCAUCGGUUUUGGAGAAAAACGUGUAAUUGAUUGUCGUCAACAACUGAACUCGUUAAAUGAUGUGACGUUUUUAUAAAUCACUCAGGUGUAAUUUUAAGCUACUGGGGUGUUCGACAUUUUGUUAUAUGAGCGUCUCUAAAUAUGGACAACUUAAACUUAUAAAUAUCUUAAACAAACUUGACCCAAAGACAGAUAGGGGAGAAAUGUAAAGAAUCACAAAUACAACUCACCUUCAACUCAACAAUGCAUGUACGAAUUGUUAACUAAAUCUAUAUUUAUUAAAUGAAAAACUUAUUUCCCAUUCAUCAGUCGUUGAUUUAUAUAAUUAUGUUACUUGUUCCUAUAAUUAUGAAAUUUAAUUAAAUGUACUGUGAUUAUUAACACAAUUGUUUGUAAUCUUAAAAUAUAUUCAUCAAUAAAAUUACACUCAAAAUUUAACAAUCUAUACCCAGUUUCGCGAUAAUAUAGCACCCCCUAUAAUAAUCUACCGUCCCCAAACACAAGUGGCUGUAGUUCGGACACGUGAUCAAUAAUGAAACAAAUGUAGGUGAAGCAUAUAUAUUGUCUUAACAUAUAAAUAUAUACCGUAACUAUUAACAGAAAAAAACCUAAAAAUUUUACAUUUAUUGCACAUUGUAGAGACAUGCGAUAAAUGACCAUGCUGAUGUCAUGUCUUGUAAUAAAAAUACAAUUAAUUUAAAUAUUGUUUAUUUCCGUAAACAAGUAUUCAUUAUAUAUUUUGAUAAAAAUGAAUAAUCAUGUAGGCCUAUUCUAGUAUGCUUUCGAUUUUGUAAAAGGUUACCUUUUAUUUCAUUUGUUUUGAUAAAUUUUAUUGUGUUUAUUAUCUAUUCAAAUAUCAAAAUAGUUUUAACUACUGUACCUAAAGAGAAUUAUACGCGGCUUUGUAUAUCGAUAAUACAAUAUACUUUCUUUACCUUAUUGGAAUUAUUUUAUUAUGGAAAUUAUGGCCGUUAUUAAUAUUAUAUUAUUAUAAAGACGUUUUUUCUCUAUCAAUAUUUGUAUUAGUAUAAUUAUGUCAGAUGUAACCUAUGCACAAAUUGUUCUCAAUAAUAUUGUACUUGGUGUAAUUAUGAGAAGUUAAUAUUCAACAUUAUUAUUAUACACAAUUUAAUACACAAUAUAUGUAUGAUAUAAUAUAUAUAUAAUAUGUAAUUAUUGAUUAUACGAGGGACUGCGUAAUUCGUACAAAAAUGAUAAAAUUCGAAUAUUAUUGUGUAUAAUAUGUCGAGUUAUUUGUUAAGGAUAUAUUUAACUGUUUCGUUUUUUGUUUUUUUGUUCCAUUGUACUUGUUAUAGCCCUUUUGUCUUUGGAAAACACUGCAAUAAUUUAUAUGUAUUAUCAUAGAAAUGUACUAUUGAGGGUACGUUUAACCUCGUUUUAUUAGCUUCAGUUUCAUUCCAGUCUCUUUCUAAACCAACACUGAAUUAUUGGAAUAAUGUUUGUGAGAAGGAUAUCAGUAUAAAUUCCGUUGCUAGCUGGGGAUCAAAAGUCUUUAAUGACUUUCUGAAUCUGAUGAAAAUGAUAAAUACUUCGUUUCCUCCGAAAACCAGAUUUUAUUCCAAUUAUAAUGUAUACCUGCAUCCAUAUACACAUGCUAUCAUGAACAUUUAUGUCCAUAAUAUGUGCAUACAAACACAUUAGUGAUGAAGUUUGCCUCUUUUGUAUGUGUAUACAAAUAAGUUGUAUGUUUGUGUAUGUUCAUUUUAAUCCGUCUUUUCUUCAAGGUUUGUAAAUCUAUUUUUGAUUAUGACUGUUUUGUUUCAGUUUGUAAAACAACUAUUCUAUUUGAUUUCUCAAAAUAUAUUAUUUAUUUCUAAAUAAGAGGUGGCUUUAUCAUUUGAAAACAAUAAUUAAUAAUUAUGAUAAUAAUAAUUAUAUAACAUGUGAAUUAAUAUAAAACAAAUGCUUCCCCUUAAUUAUGAGAUAAUAUUUUGGAAUUACCGUAUGUAUCGUUUUGUUUCUAUAGUUUUGCUUAUAUUUCCGUUGUUAGUUUUCCGGAGAACCGAUUAUGUAUUUUAAGGUACAUGUAUUACAAGUUAGUUUAGGUAGAUAAGCAGGUUAAUUUCCAUAAUAUACGGCAAUACGCGUAGUGGCUUCUGCCAAUGUGGGUUAUAACUCACCUACAACAAAUAAAACAAUGUAAUGAUUUUAUACUGUCAGCAAGAUAUACAUUGAUGAACAAUUAAACAACUAAUAUGUAAAUAAGGUCCGAUUAUGUUCCCAACACAAUAACUAUUGUGUGUAGAAUGUACAUACAUAUUUUUACCUUAUUUGUAAAAGUAGAUACAAAGGCAAUUGCAAACAAUUAUUCUAAUGUAAAUAUGUACAAUUUAAUUCAAAUAGCUCUCCGCGGUUGAUUACAAUGCCUAUUGGUGUAAACAGUCGUUACAUUAUUAUCUUGGACUGUUAACGUUUGCUAUACAUGUAUAUUAUUUUCUACGUGCCUCGCUUACUCAAGUGUCUUAUAUCACAAACAUCUUCAUUUAAUCUUCUUUGAAAUAAUAUUAACAUAAUUGGUAUUGUAUAAUUUUAGCAAUUAUAGAAAAAUCAUGCCAUGUACAAAUUACUUUAAUUAUGUUUCAGAAAUUUGAACAGAAACAAGACAAACAACGAUUAAAGCAAAGAAAAUAGGUAAUUAAUAGUAAUUAUACAUGCAAUAUCGAAUACCGGCAGCAGACUAUUCUCAAUACAGUCAAAAGCAGUGUAUUAUUGACAAAUGACUAGCACUUUUUCAAUGUUGUCUAGCAUUUCUUAUCAUUAAAGAUAUACUGUAUUGUUGAGCUAAAAAUAAAUUCAAUAUUUAGAUUGCUUACUCCCUGGUUCAGCAAGUUGUAUAAUUUCAAUUUACAAUUUGGACGAAACCAUAAUAUAACACAUGCAGAAAUGUUACUUUUCCUAAAUUCCUAAAAUAUGACUGCCCAUUGAUUGUCUGGUAUUAAUCAUUUUGUUGUGAAAAAUCUUUCAAAUUUGGAAAGCAUUGUUUCGGUCAGUGUCCCAUUAACAGACAUCAGAUCAAAACUUCUUGGAUCCUAAGUCGCAAUGAACCUUUUCGGAGUGUUAAUCAAACCAACUGACCAAUCAGAAUAAGGCAAGGGAAACACGCGCGUCCUAAAAACACACGUGUUGUCCCAUAAACACACGUGCUUACGUACAUUUACGAUUGUUUUAUGGGACAUUAGCAACAGUAUCCAAGGGGCGGAGCUUAGCUGAAAGGUCCAAUGCUUACGUCACUUUUUCUACAGUUUAUGUGAUUUUACUUCUUUUUUUAAGAACCUACAUGUAAUACGUUGUUUUUUUUUCUUUUUAAGAGGCAUUUCUUAUUAACAUUGGUCAUAAUUAGUUACCAAUCUAUCCUCUGACAUUUGUUAUUCUAUAGUUGUAUAUGUAGCAGCUUGACUAAAGGACAAACAAAUUGAUCGGGUAAUACGUAUGACAACUACCCUAUAUUGAUAUAUUUCUCAUUUACUUCAAUCUCGUUGAUAUGAAGGUCUUAACUGUAAAUCGGAAAAAAAAUAAUAAUAUAAAUUUGAAAAAGAGAGCAUAAUUAUGUAACCUUUAUAAAAAUGAACAUAUUAGGCGUUCGCUAUUUACUCCAGUGUGUUCUGAAAAUAUUGCUAUAUAUUUGAACUUUCUUGUUGAUAGCAUCUAAGUAAUAACGCAAAACAUAAUUAUAGAGUUUUUCAUUUUGAGAUACAUUUCAUAUUUAAUCUGAAUUCUUAAUUAGGGCCUAUAGUAUUCAGAAAUGAAUUGUAUACAGAUAUUAACGUACUAUUUAUCUGAUAAUUGUUUAUAUUCUAUUUUUGGGGGACGUGAUUUUUGUAAUUACCAGUGAUUAAGAUUAUUAGAAAUGUUUCCUUUGUGAAUACACUGACUACCAUAAUUUGGAUUCCAGUUGCAAAGCUUUUCACAUGUUUAUUGCUGAUAAUAUAAAAAAAAAGAUGUACGUAAUGAAACUUUAUAUACUAUAUCAACUUAUAUUAGGCCUAAGCAUCACAUAAGAUAUUUAAACUCAGUAAAUUGUUUGUAAAAACAUAUUCUAAUUAUGAGGAUUCAAACCCCGAAAUAUAGUACAUAAAUGUUAUACUUAUUUAGCAUAUUCACACAAAAAUAUAAGCCUGCCUUUUUAAAUGUGGACAAUUUAUAAACAAUACAUAUAUCUUCAAAUCAGCCGCUAGUAAUAUAAUUUUAUUUUUUUCAUGAAGUACUCCCUUCCCUGCCCAGAUUUGGAAUAUUUAUGAUUAACAUUAAUAUCUUAAUCGCACUCAUAUUUUGAUAGCUUUGCCUGGAUCUAUCGAGCAAUUAUACAUGAAUGUGUAAUGAAGUGAGUGCUGAAAAAAAUAAUAACAAAUUAAGUCAUUCGGGCCAUCAAACAUGUGAGACACGAAGAGUAAAACAACAGAAACAACCAUAUAAUGAUUUACCAUAAACGCAUACAGGUUGAGCUAACAAUUGUUUGUGAUUUCAUAGGAACUUUGAUUUCUAACGCCUAGUUUUUAUCAUUACAAGUUGAUUUAUUUGAGUGAUGUAUAUAUACGUUUAUUCAUUACCGGUUUUCAUUAUGUAGAUAUUACUGACCGUAUUACGGUGCUCUGGAUAUUAUAUUUGCAAUGCAACUGUAUUAAUACGUAUGUAAAGUGCUUGGGCAUGCUUUUUAAUACAUAAGACUAUUUUUGGAUACAUAAAAUGAAAAAAACAAA